ACAAACAUUACUUCUAGAAACCAGCAGACGCGUCGGCGUGUUUUCUGACGGGCAGGUUUCUCUGGACGUUUACGUUUUUCCCUGUUGCGCUUCGAGUUGAAGGACAAACUUUAGGAGUUCUUGGAGAGUCGCAAGUGCAUGAUGCCAGAUGAGAUGUCUAGGCCUUUAAUCCGAGAAAGAGGCGAUGGCGGAGCCCGACACCUGGAAGCCUCCGUCUCUGAUCCCAGUACCCCGGUGAUCGGCAUCCUGGGCACCGGAGACUUCUCCCGCUCACUGGCCCGGAGGCUGGUGGCCUCUGGCUACCAAGUGGUGGUGGGAAGUCGGACCCCCAAACGCUUCGUAGCUCUGUUCCCCGAGGAUGUCGAGGUGACCACCCAGUUGGAGGCAGCCAAUCAGGCAGACCUGGUCUUCGUUGCAGUUUACCCCGAGCACCACUCCACGCUGGUGGAGCUGAAGCCGGCACUGGUUGGAAAGGUACUGGUGGAUGUCAGCAACAGUUUAUGCAUCAACCAAAACGGUCCAUCCAACGCCGAGCUCCUGGCAGACUAUUUCCCCGAGAGCUCGGUGGUUAAGGGCUUUAACACCAUAUCUGCCUGGACGCUGCAGAUGGGCCCCCGAGACGGAGGGAGGCAGGUUUUCCUGUGCGGCAACAGCCAAAAGGCCAAGAACACAGUGAAGUCAGUCUGCCACAGGAUGGGCUUCAUCCCCGUUGACAUGGGUCUCCUUUCUUCCUCCUUGGAGAUAGAAAAUAUGCCGCUCCAUCUCUUCCCAUCCUGGCGCUUCCCUGUUUUCUGCACGUCGUUUCUUUUCGUCUUCUUCUACCUGUACAACUUCUUACGGGACGUGCUGCAGCCUUUCGUCACAGAGGGAAAGAAAGUCUUCUACAAGAUGCCCAUAGAGAUCGUGAACGUCACCCUUCCCUCCGUGGCCUUGGUGAUGUUGGCGCUGGUCUACCUGCCGGGUCUGCUGGCCGCCUUCGCCCAGCUGCGCUCCGGGACAAAGUACAACCGCUUCCCCAGCUGGCUGGACCGCUGGCUGACCACGAGGAAGCAGCUGGGACUUUGUAGCUUCAUGUGUGCGGUUCUGCACACCAUUUAUAGCCUGUGUCUUCCUCUGAGGAAGUCUGCUCGCUUCAAACUGAUCGCCGCGGCCUACAAACAGGUGAAGAGUGGUGUGGAGGACCCAUGGGUGGAUGAGGAAGCGUGGAGGAUGGAGCUGUACCUGUCCGUGGGCAUCAUGGCCCUCGGGCUGCUCUCCCUGCUGGCUGUCACCUCUCUGCCUUCAGUGGCCAACACCAUCAACUGGAGGGAGUUCAGCUUCAUCCAGUCUACCCUCGGUUAUUGUGCCUUGUUCAUGGCCACCGCCCACACCCUCCUCUACGGGUGGAAUCGAGCCUUUGACCUUAAACAGUACCGCUUCAACAUGCCCCCCACCUUCGUCCUGGUCCUGGUCCUGCCCUUCGCGGUCCUGCUGGGCCGCCUGGCUCUGUGCGUGCCCUGCGUGGCCGGGCGGCUCCGGAAGAUCCGCCGCGGCUGGGAGAGGAGCAGACACGUGUGCUUCACGCUGCCGGCUGAAGACUGCCGCAACGGGCUGGAGAACGUCAGUAAUGUGUGAGAAAUGCUGUUACUUUAAGAAACAAGGUGCAAAUCUAGAGGAAAUAAAAUAUUUAUACUAUGCUGGUA